AUGUUUUCGCAAUCACUAAAAUGGUUCUCGGGUCGUCAAAUUGGAUUAAGACUGGCGUCUACCUCUUUCUUCAAACCGAAACGCUUCUACAAAGAAGUUCACGUUAACUCCAACACGAACGGCGCCUUCGAGAUCUAUUUAGACCAGAGGAAACUCAAGACACCACAGAAAAAGACACUUGAGGUACGUAGUCGAUAAGAUCGUGUUAUCGAUGGCUUUUUGAUAGAAAUAAGUUUUGAAAACAAAACAUCUUUCUUUAAGCUGUACUCUGAACCCUUGGCACUGGCAAUAGCUCACGAAUGGGAUUCUCAAAAAGAAGAAAUCAUGAUUCCCUCGAUGAGGUUGACCGGUCUGGCGUUUACCGCUGAAGAUAAUCCAACGCACGAGACAAAGUAGGUAAUCAUUAACUGUGUAAGACAAUAUUAUGGCCAACAGACGCUUUUUUACUGUGAUUCGAAAAGUAGUAAAAAAAUUUGAGACAUUUUCUUAAUUGUGUACCAUUUUAGUGAGACAUUAGUGCAGAAGAUGAUGGAGUACCUUGAAAACGAUACAAUCUUGUACUUGGACACGAAUCCAGUCGAAUUGGCCCAACUUGAAAAGGAACAAUGGCUGCCAAUUGUGGAUUGGGCCAACAAACACUUCGAAACUAAAAUAGAACCUAGUUAUGCCAUCACCGAAUUAGCUGCUAUUCCAGAUGAAUCUCGGACUCGGUUCAGGAGGCAUCUGGAAGCCAUGAACUUCCACAGUUUAACUGGCUUUGCUUAUGGAGUUAGUUCUAUUAAGAGUUUAAUCUUAGUAUUGGCUUGUCUUCAGAACAGACUGACUUGUCAGGAAGCUGCUGAGCUGGCUAAUCUUGAGUUGGACUAUCAAACUAAGGUUUACAGUAAGGUGAGGUACAUUGAAUUGCUUAAAAUGUCAAAAUAAUAUUCGAAAAGUUGUAUACCGCGUUUGAAAAAGCUAUUCCUUAAAGAACACUUUCAAAACAGGGUUCAAAAUUCGCAUUACGGUAACUUUUUUACUAUUUCAAAAUAAGUUAUUCUAGGUGGAAGGACAUCAUGAUGUACAUGCACUCGAGUUGGUCAACCGUCUGUCGGCCGCUGUAAUUUAUUCUCAAUUUAACUCAAAUCUUCAUCGUGUAACCAAAGAAAAGGUCCCGUUAUGUGGUUCAGCAUAA